GUCACUCGCAAGAUGCUCCCGCUCUGUUGUCUCAACAUGCGUGCUAGUAGUUCUACGAGCCAGUCGAGCUGCUCACAUUGGGCGAAGAUCGCCAAAUCCAUCAAGACUACAUCUAAGUCGUCAUCGACCCAGAAAACUAUCUUAAGCCCCAUCGACACCGCACAGAUGGGGUUAUACAUGACUGCGCAUCGACUGAAAAAUGACCGCACCGUCGCCCUCUACCGAGACAUGGAAGAUCACUACACCUCCGCCAUCGCAGCCUGUGACUCCUGGCUCACAGCCCAUGCAAACCAGAGUGGUUCCACCGUCAAGUUCCGUCCUCACUCGUCCGCGUGGAAGAGGCAGCGUUCGCUUGACGGCGCGCUGGCACGCCUCAGAGACGCCGGCAUCACCUACGACCCGAGCAGCGGCGAACCACGCUUAGGCUCCCUCUCUGCGGGCGCGAUGAGCGACGCGCACGACGCGCGGCUGCACUGGCUCGAGCUCCAGCCGGAACGGCGCACCGUCAUGUACUUCGACAAGUACGAGGUGAGCGGCAGGAAGAAGACGCUCACGGACCAGCUCCUUGCGUUGAAGAAGGCGGAGGGGCUGCAUCGGCGGGAGAUGCGCCGGCUGUUCGCGGAACGCGUGCAGGCCGCACAGCACAGAGGGCUGAGGAAUCUGCGAUGCGUGGUGUGGUUCAAUCGUAUACCUUAUGCGGUUCUUCACGAUAAAGAGCAGAAUGGGUCUCGGAAACGUCGACGGGCCUGGCGUCGGGUGGGCAAGACGGUCAUGUGGCUGCAGAGAGGGAGGGGCCAAGUGGACCAGGGGUCACCGCCGCAUAGCGCGAUAGAUGCAUGAGUUCAAGGAUGAGCGGAGG